CCGAGCGGUUACUAACUUACUAUUUAAUAGGGAAAUUUCCCAUCUGCGUUUUGAUCAUUUAAAACGUAGAAGAGAGAGAGAGAAAAUGAAGAGACUCCUUUCUUGCAGACUCAAACUUGUCUCAGAAAUCCCCAUAAACCUUUCUCACUCUUCCUCUACCACCUCCUCCUUCCAAUCCCAGCUCUGUAAGAACUUCACUUCUCUCGCCCAGAAAUGCCCCAAACAGCCCACGCUCUCUCAACCCCAUUCCUUCGCUCCUCGUUCCUUCAGCUUCAGUUCUACUCAUUCAUGGCGCUCCCAAAACUAUGUGUCGGAGAAGAUCUUUUGCUUUCUGGCGAAUCCAGUUCUUGUGAAACAAAUGGCAUCGUGUGCCCAUUUCAAGAUUCGAAGCUUAAACAUCUUUGAUCGUUGGGUUCAGUCCCUCAAAGCUCAGUUUCGUAGACGGCAACUGGAUUUUAAUCCCACCUCAUUCAAAUUCAAUUCCUCAAGGAGAUCAUGGUACCCAACAGAAGAUAAUGUUGUUUUGGGCUUGAUUGUAGCUAAUGUUGCUAUUUUCAUAUUAUGGAGGAUUGCUGAUCCUACAUUUAUGAGGAAGCACUUUAUGAUUUCAGUGGAAAAUGUCAUCAGUGGACGUGUACACACAUUGAUCACUUCUGCAUUCAGCCAUAAGGACAUCGGACAUCUUGCUUCUAACAUGAUUGGUCUUUAUUUCUUUGGACAAAAUAUUGUAAGACUUUUUGGACCAGAAUUCCUGUUGAAGUUAUAUCUUGCUGGUGCAGUUACUGGAUCGAUAUUCUUCUUGGUGCACCAUGCCUUUAUGUCCCCUCCCCAGAGCGCAGGGAUGUGGAGCAUUGAUCCUAAGAGAAUUCCAGGACUGGGUGCGAGUGGGGCUGUGAAUGCUAUCAUGCUCCUUGAUAUAUUUCUCUUUCCAACAGCCACCCUGUAUGUCGAAUUCAUCAUACCAGUUCCAGCAAUGUUACUGGGCGUAUUUUUAAUAGGCAAAGAUUUACUGAGGAUAGUUCAGGGGGACAGUGAAAUCUCAGGAUCAGCCCACCUGGGAGGUGCUGUUGUUGCUGCUGUGGCAUGGGCUCGGAUUAAAAAGCGAUGGAUAUGAUCUUCUUACUCUAGUCUCUGCCUCAAACUUUCCCUUGCUUCAGUGAUUGGGGUUUUUUUCCCAUCCUUGGUUGACUACCCACCCAACAUUUUCAUUUAAGUGUAGACAGAUUUUACUUUCCGUUUGUUUGUAUUACAAGAACAGAAAUUUACUUGAAAUGCAGCAUCUGUACGAUGAAUCAAACUAUAGUUUCCUUCCAUGGCCAUUGUACUCGCCAUAUUUAGAACAGCCAAGGCAAUUUUGAGCAAGAGCAUUGGAAUUUCCUGAAUGAUACCUCAGUAGGUGAAGUUUGGUUCUUGUAAGUUGUAACCCUAUUUUAGUUUGUCAUUCACUUUUUCACUGUAUCCCUUCGAGAUGGGAGAGUGGUAAUUUGACCAAAAUGAACAAGGAAGCAUGAAUGAUCCCAUUUUCUCC